AUGGCCCUUAUUGUGAAAAACACGCACCGGAAAGCCCCUUCAACAAACAUGGCGGCACCUGUCGAUAGUGGCUCGAGCUGUUGGGACGCCCCAGAAGUCUAUAAACAUCACGAACAGAAGAAAAUAUGCAUUUCUCGACCUAAAUAUAGAGAAGGGAGAAGGGCUAAAGCGGUUAAGGUGUACACCAUCAAUUUGGAGUCCCGUUACCUGAUGGUCCAGGGCGUCCCGGCCAUCGGCGUCAUGGAGGAGCUGGUCCAGCGGUGCGCGCUGUACGGGGCCGUGGAGGAGUACCGGCCUCUGGACGAGUACCCCGCCGAGGAGUUCACCGAGGUCUACCUGGUCAAGUUUCAGAAACUAACCAGUGCCAGAGCAGCGAAGCGGAACCUGGAUGAGAAGAGCUUCUACGGGGGGGUCCUGCACGUGUGCUAUGUCCCGGAGUACGAGACGGUGGAGGACACGCGACUAAAGCUGCAGGACCGGAGGAGCUACGUGGCCAGAGUAGCCCGGAACAGAGCCAGGAAAAGUAGAGACAAAGAAAGGAUUUGUGAGAGGCCCACACCGUCGGAGACGGUCACACCGGACCGGACCCGCACCGGACAGCCUCAAAGCUCCUACAGGGACGGUACAGGUGGGACUUCAGGUGUUCCCCACCACUCAAGCUUCCCUCUGCUGCCACCGCCUCCACGAGAACAUGGUCUCUACGGGCCUCAGUACCAGCCAACGGAAGACAAAAUGGGAACUUUACAUAACGCCACGCCUCACACACAUCAACAGCAGCUGGAGAGUUUAAGCUCUGACCAAACGGCCAGCAGAGGUCAAAGCACAGACAGCCAACUGGCGUCCAGUCAGACUUCUGUGGUCCGAUUUGUACCGAGAACCGCACACUUGCAGAACAGGAAACGGAAAGUGGACGAGGUUCCACAAGAUUCGUCGACUAUUUCUGAAGAAACUGGACCCUUAAUCGGACCAAAACUGCCAGAGUCGCCUAAGCUGAACAUGGAGGACGAAUCACUGAACACAACUGUAAACCUCAUCCGGAACACAAUGAAGCAGGUGGAAUCGGCCUCAGACCACAAACCUGUAGAGAAAAAGAUUAAACCCCGCCGGCGGAUAUAA